CAGCGACUCGAACAAAUAAGCUGCGGCUGCCGGAAACGGUCCCGCAAGACAGCUUUUAAUUUCACAAAUAAUCAGUAUGCAGUUCCAGUGCUUUUGGCUAUGUCUGGGUCUUCUAAGCAUCUCAGUUCAUGCAGAAUUGAUGGAUGAUGAUGUUGAGAAGACAGACUUCGAUGAAAAUUCAGGAGAGACUGAUGUUAAUGAAGAUGAACUCUCCUCAGAGAUUAAAUAUAAAACACCUCAUGCCAUAGGAGACGUAUAUUUUACAGAAACUUUUGAUAGUGGAAGAUUGGCUGGGUGGGUCCUAUCAAAAGCAAAGAAAGAUGAUACAGACACAGAGACUUCUAUAUAUAAUGGAAGAUGGGAAAUAGAAGAAUUGAAAGAAAACCGAGUGCCUGGUGACAGAGGACUGGUGUUGAAAUCCAGAGCGAAGCAUCACGCAGUGUCUGCGACAUUGGCAAAGCCCUUCGUUUUUGCCGAUAAACCAUUGAUAGUUCAAUAUGAAGUAAAUUUUCAAGAUGGUAUUGAUUGUGGAGGUGCAUACAUUAAACUCCUAGCAGACACUGAUGAUUUGAAUCUGGAAAACUUUUAUGAUAAAACAUCUUAUACCAUUAUGUUUGGACCAGAUAAAUGUGGAGAAGAUUAUAAACUUCAUUUUAUCUUCAGACAUAAACAUCCAAAAACUGGAGUUUUUGAAGAGAAACAUGCCAAACCUCCAGAUGUAGACCUUAAAAAGUUCUUUACAGACAGGAAGACUCAUCUGUACACCCUUGUGAUGAAUCCAGAUGACACAUUUGAAGUGUUAAUUGACCAAAUAGUUGUAAACAAAGGAAGCCUCCUGGAGGACGUGGUCCCUCCUGUCAGCCCCCCGAGAGAAAUUGAAGAUCCCAGCGACGAAAAGCCUGCCGAGUGGGACGAAAGGGCAAAAAUCCCUGACCCUUCUGCUGUCAAACCAGACGACUGGGAUGAAAAUGAACCUGCCCAAAUAGAAGAUUUAAGUGUUGUGAAACCUGACGGCUGGCUUGAUGAUGAACCAAAAUUUAUUCCAGAUCCUAGUGCGGAGAAGCCCGAGGACUGGAAUGAAGACAUGGAUGGAGAAUGGGAGGCUCCUCGUAUCCCUAAUCCAGCCUGUCAGGUUGGGUGUGGUGAGUGGAACCCUCCCAUGAUGGAUAACCCGAAAUACAAGGGAGUGUGGAGACCUCCAAUGAUAGAUAAUCCCAACUAUCAGGGAGUCUGGAGUCCUCGAAAAAUUCCUAAUCCAGAUUAUUUUGAAGAUGAUCAUCCAUUUCUUCUGACUCCUUUCUCUGCUCUUGGGUUAGAGCUUUGGUCUAUGACUUCUGAUAUCUACUUUGAUAAUUUUAUUAUCUGUUCAGAAAAGGAAGUAGCAGAUCGUUGGGCUGAAGAUGGUUGGGGAGUGAAAAGAAUGAUAGCAAAUGCUAACGAGCCCGGCAUAGUUGCACAGCUGAGGGCAGCUGCUGAGGAGCAUCCAUGGCUGUGGCUCAUUUAUCUUGUGACAGCGGGACUCCCAAUAGCACUAAUUACUUCAUUUUGUUGGCAAAGAAAAGUAAAGAAAAAAUAUGAAGACGCAGAGUAUAAAAAAACUGACAUAUGUCAGCCACAAACAAAGGGGGCGCUAGAGCAAGAAGUGAGGGAAGAGAAAGCAGCCCUCAAGGAGCCAGUUGACUCGGAAGAGGAAAAGAAGCAAAGUGACGGUGAAAUUGUUGAAAAAGAAGAAGAAGGUGAACCUGAGGAAAAGAGUGAAGAAGAAAUUGAAAUCAUAGAGGGGCAAGAAGAAGGUAAUAAAUCAAAUAAGUCUGGAUCAGAGGAUGAGAUGAAGGAAGCUGAUGAGGGCACGGGGUCUGGAGACGGGCCGGUGAAGUCAGUGCGCAAAAGGAGAGCCCGGAAGGAGUAGCCAUGUUCAAGUAUGUUUAAUCCUGCGAGGAAUGUGGCGUUCUAAUGUCAGUGUGCCAGGAUGGAGCUUGAAUCGAUCUGCAUUCUGUUUCUAAUAUCUAGUAAUGUUAUUCUUUCAGACAUCCAUUUCAGUCUUUU